CUGCAAUUGACAACAUUCCUCAUUCUUUCCCACUCCCACUUCCACUCCCACUCGGUUUCAAUUUUCCAAGUGUCCCUCACGAGACCCCUCAAUAGGCUUUCCGUCUACUUCCCUUUUAGCAUGAGUGACUCGGGUGAGGAAAACCCACCUGCAGAUGUUGGGGGAGAUGAUCGACCCUCGGAGAACGAGGAUCACCUAGACGAUCUAGACGACAACUUUGACGAACCGAACCGCCAGGGCGAUGCAGACCCUAUCGAUGGUGCCGAAUCUGAUGACGAAUCACUCCUCUCCGAAGUUGAUGAAGCGCAGUUUGCCGAUUUUGAUGCGUCAGCGGUGCAAGUUGCCCCCGACUUUGACACGCUCACACGAAGCAUCAAGGUUUCGAAGCGCAAAAGAGUCGAAGGCGAAGAGCCAGAACCCAAAAAGCGGAAGGAAAAGACUCGUGAAAAGGUGAAGAAGAAUCGAAGAAGACACGAUAGCGACGAUGGAUUUUCUGGUGGCGAGGAAGUUGAGGGAAAGAGACGGAGAGCGGGAGGUGCGCAGAGCGGGGAGAAAAGAUCAAAGCCAGUUCGGCCAGAAAUCAACGAGGACGAUCUAACACCGGAAGAGAGGAGACGACGAGCACUGGAUCGGGCAAUGGACGCAGCAGUGAAGAAGUCGGGAUCCAAGAGAAUAAGGAAGGGAGAGAUUGACCUGGAACAGAUGGCCGAUCAAGAAAUCGAGGAGAUGCGUAACCGAAUGGUGGCGGCGGCAGAAGCCGAUGGGGAGUUGGUUCGACAGGGAUUGCCGGCAUCGCAGAAACUCAAGAUGCUUCCAGAAGUGGUCUCGCUGUUGAACCGGAAUACAUACGUCCAGUCCAUUCUCGACCCCGAGACCAACCUACUGGAAGCAGUGCGAUUCUUCCUGGAGCCUUUAACAGACGGAAGUCUACCGGCCUACAACAUCCAACGUGAACUAUUUGCAGCUCUAGCCAAGCUACCGAUGAACAAGGAGACAUUGAUAUCAUCGGGGAUUGGCAAAGUGAUUCUGUUUUACCGAAAGUCAAAACGCCCAGAACCGAUCAUCAAGCGGCAGGCGACAAAGUUGAUGGAAGAAUGGUCGCGGCCAAUCCUGCAACGAAGCGACGAUUACACCAAGAAGACUUGGGCGCGAGCCACGUACGAUCCAACGAGGGCUCGAGAUGAUAGUUUGCAGAGACCGGCGGUACAACCCAAGGCCAGGACGAAUAUGGCACCAGGACAGCGACCGCAGCACCGAGCUCGCUUGCUCCCAGGAGCGACCAGCUACACCAUUGUGCCCGAGGUAUCUACCGUUGUUAGGCGCUAGGAUGAUACACGGGCUAGGGACGAGGAAGCUUGGUAAUGAUCUGGGGCACUGGGGCGGGGGACGUGGUCAAGUGCUUGGGUUACUAAGCAGUAGAACCAAAUAUCAAUGAUGCACUUCCGAGAGAUAUACUCUGUCAAGGUGCAAGGCGGAAAUCCACGACCCAAAACAAUUCCUCAAAGUAUUUUCAGUAUUAGCAUGGAUGGGGACAGUGAAUGGGCAAAAUCGGCGGGAGCUCCGAGUACUAAAUCCGAGAAAUUGGCAUAGCAUGAUCAUAAGGAAUUGAAGACGUGUAAGGCGAAUUCUGAUGGACAAUAUCACACCACGAAGUCGUUGAGUAAAUACACAUCACGUGUGAGACUUAUACACGUGCGCCACCUGUGAUCACCUCGCCCUAAAGGACCAGAUUGGGAACUCGGCAGCGAGACAGAAGCAGCGACUAACUUCGUAGACAUCGUCUGUGGAGAUGCGAAAUGGCUCAUUUGCAGGGAAUACGUUCAGACCACUGUGUGACCAUGCGUCUGGAAUCGGGUAGGGUAUAAUUGUUACAUAAGUGGCAGCAAAGUCCAUGUAUAAAGCACGCACAUACGAGUAGUAGUUCGGGUAAAAGUUUGAGGGAUGGAACGAUCAAUUUCACUCGAGUCAGAGGCGAGAAAUCGGCGGGAUCCGGGGGCCUCGGGCGGCAAAAGGGUGGACCUUAGGGAUACCUGGGGUGAUGUUUUGCAUAGGGGAUCUUGUAGGCAUGAUGGUACCUAAGGGAGGGACCGAAGGACCCUAUGGCUCAAUUAAAGCCAAUAGGUACCUUACCUAGGUAUCUGCCUAAGAUAGGUACCUACCUAACCAAUGUCGGCACUUGCCACCGGAAUACCCAAAAAGGCUUCCAGAAAUACCAUAAUAAUAUGUAGAGACCCCUAGGCCC